GGCUUUAUAGCGCUCAGAAAUCCCCACUGCGAGGCUCAGAAAAAGCCCCGUUUGUUUAGACGUUGUUCCACACUGCGUUCGGUGUGAAUGUGUGCCAUGAAACACAGCUAAAACACAAUUAGAGACCCGCUGGUGUGAUUUAAACAUUAGCAGAAAGCGAGCGUUUUUUGUCGCCGCCCGCGCUCGGCGAGCGACGGUCAUUCAAAUUAACGGCUGCAACGGAAAACAACGUACACCGGCGAGAAAAGCGACGGGAGAAGCUUUAAGCUUGCCGAGUGUCAACCCCACUGUGAAAAUGAGACCAUGAUUCCAGUACUGUCUUCAAAAAAAGCCAGUGAACUACCUGUGAACGAGGUUGUCUGUGCACUGCAGGCUGACCUGCAGUUUGGUCUCACCCAGGAGGAGGUUACACGACGUCGCGCCUACCACGGAUGGAACGAGUUUGACAUUAGUGAAGAUGAACCACUCUGGAAAAAAUAUAUCUCUCAGUUUAAAGACCCACUCAUCCUGUUGCUGCUGGCAUCCGCUGUCAUCAGUGUGUUGAUGCGUCAGUUUGAUGAUGCCGUCAGUAUCACCGUGGCCAUUAUUAUUGUUGUUACAGUUGCCUUUGUACAGGAAUACCGCUCAGAAAAAUCCCUGGAGGAGCUGGGGAAACUUGUGCCUCCAGAAUGCCAUUGUGUUCGAGAAGGACGUCUGGAGCACCUUCUGGCACGAGAGCUUGUGCCUGGGGACACCGUAUGUCUGUCAGUCGGUGAGAGAGUCCCAGCAGACCUGCGCCUGUUUGAGGCGAUGGAUCUGUCAGUUGAUGAGUCCAGUUUGACAGGAGAGACCACCCCCUGCACUAAGACCUCUGCCCCUCAGCCGGCUGCCACCAAUGGCGAUAUCACGUCCCGCAGUAAUAUUGCCUUCAUGGGUACACUUGUGCGCUGUGGGAAGGCCAAGGGCAUUGUCAUAGGCACUGGAGAAAACUCUGAAUUUGGUGAAGUUUUUAAGAUGAUGCAAGCAGAGGAGGCUCCUAAAACCCCAUUACAGAAAAGCAUGGAUUUGCUGGGAAAACAGCUCUCCCUUUAUUCCUUCGGGAUAAUCGGGGUGAUCAUGAUGGUCGGAUGGCUUCAGGGGAAGUACAUUCUAGACAUGUUCACCAUAGGUGUCAGCCUGGCUGUGGCAGCUAUCCCAGAAGGCCUCCCCAUUGUAGUGACAGUGACUUUGGCACUGGGAGUGAUGAGGAUGGUGAAGAAACGGGCGAUCGUUAAGAAACUGCCUAUAGUGGAGACACUGAGCUGCUGUAAUGUGAUCUGCUCUGAUAAGACAGGCACUCUCACUAAAAAUGAGAUGACAGUCACUCACCUGUUCACCUCUGAUGGACAGCACGCUGAGGUCACUGGCGUUGGGUACAACAAUUCUGGCGAGGUUUUGAUGGAUGGAGAGGUGGUGCAUGGUUUCUCCAACACCUCCAUCAGCAAGAUUGUGGAGGCUGGCUGUGUGUGCAAUGAUGCAGUAAUCAGGAGCAACACCCUGAUGGGCCGUCCUACCGAAGGCGCCCUCAUCGCCCUGGCUAUGAAGAUGGGUUUGGAGGGGCUGCAGCAGGAGUUUGUGCGUCUGGAAGAAAUUCCCUUCUCCUCAGAGCAGAAGUGGAUGGCGGUCCGCGUCGUCCAUCGCACCCAGCAGGACAAACCUGCCGUAUUCUUUGUGAAGGGUGCCUAUGAGCAGAUCAUCCGCUUCUGUACUUCCUACAACAGUAAAGGGGGCACUCUGCCUUUGACCCAUCAGCAGAGAGAACUCUUCCAGCAGCAGAAGAGCUACAUGGGCACUGCAGGUCUCAGAGUGCUGGCGUUUGCUUCUGGAUCUGAGAUGGGCGCUCUUACCUUCCUGGGGCUGGUGGGCAUCAUCGACCCUCCCAGAGCGGGAGUGAAAGAGGCAGUGGCGACGCUGAUCAGCUCUGGAGUGGCGGUGAAGAUGAUCACAGGGGAUUCACAAGAGACUGCAGUGUCAAUUGCAAGUCGACUGGGCCUCUAUACCAAAGGUUCUCAAUCUCUGUCCGGAGAUGAAGUCGACCAGAUGGACUUCCAGCAUCUCUCUCAGAUAGUGCUCAGGAUAGUGGUAUUCUACAGAGCCAGCCCUAGACACAAGUUAAAGAUAGUUAAGUCCUUACAGAACGUCGGUGCCGUUGUCGCAAUGACGGGAGACGGUGUCAAUGACGCGGUGGCUCUGAAGGCAGCAGACAUCGGUGUGGCAAUGGGUCAGACUGGCACUGAUGUCUGCAAAGAAGCAGCAGACAUGAUCCUGGUAGACGAUGACUUUCAAACUAUCCUGUCUGCUAUUGAAGAAGGGAAGGGGAUUUACAACAACAUUAAGAACUUUGUGCGCUUUCAGCUGAGCACGAGCAUUGCUGCCCUCACCCUCAUCUCCCUGGCAACGCUUAUGAACUUCCCCAACCCUCUGAAUGCCAUGCAAAUCCUUUGGAUCAACAUCAUUAUGGAUGGGCCGCCAGCCCAGAGUUUGGGAGUGGAGCCUGUCGACCGAGACGUGAUCAGGAAACCUCCACGGAAUGUUCGAGACAGCAUCAUCACGCGCAGUCUGAUAGUGAAAAUCUUAGUGUCGUCCUCCUUCAUUGUUUGCGGCACAUUGUUUGUGUUCUGGAGAGAGGUAGGCAAUAUUCGUCUGAUGAGGACUUCCUGAACAUUUGUGUUCUGCUUUGUUUUUCAUUUGUGUU